AUGACCCUGAUCGGCGAGAACGGGCACGCGGCCGACACGCUGACCGGCUCCGGGUUCGAUUUCGGGGAGGAGCCGAAUCCCUACGGAGCGGCGGGAUUCCCGCUGGAUCGCCGCUAUUCCCACAGCCUGUACCACGACGCCGAUGCCGAGCCGCACACCGGGACGGGCUCCAUGGAAAACCUGGGAUUUGGGGCGCAGUUCCCGGGCCACCCGCCGUUCCGGGCGUCCGAAUCCUUUGGGAUCGCCCACCCCGAGCCCUUCAUUCCCGAAAUUCCGCAGGCCGUGCCCGACAGCCAAGCGCGGCUCAGCGUGGGCAGCGUCUACAGGCCCAGCCUUGGGGCGCGGGGUCUCCCAGAUCUGGUCCCGGAUCCCAACUACGUCCAGGCCUCCACGUACGUGCAGAGAGCUCACCUGUACUCGCUGCGCUGCGCCGCCGAGGAGAAGUGCCUGGCCAGCACGGCGUACGCUGCCGAAACCACCGACUACGACGUUCGGGUGCUGCUGCGCUUCCCGCAGCGCGUCAAGAACCAGGGCACGGCCGACUUCCUGCCCAGCCAGCCCCGCCACAGCUGGCAGUGGCACAGCUGCCACCAGCGCUACCACAGCAUGGCAGAGUUCAGCCACUACGACCUGCUGGAUGUCACCUCGGGCCGCCGGGUGGCCGAGGGACACAAGGCCAGCUUCUGCCUCGAGGACACCACCUGCGACUUCGGCCACCUCAAGCGCUACGCCUGCACCGCCCACACCCAGGGUCUCAGCCCGGGCUGUUACGACACCUACAACGCCGACAUCGACUGCCAGUGGAUCGACAUCACCGACGUUCCUCCCGGGAAUUACAUCCUCAAGGUCCAGGUCAAUCCCAAAUAUUUGGUGCUGGAAUCAGAUUUCACCAACAACGUGGUUCGCUGCCACAUCCACUACACCGGGCGCUUCGUCUCCGCCUCCAACUGCCGCAUUUCCCAAUCCUGAUGGCAGCCGAAUCUCAGGAAUUUCACCCAUCCCCUUUCCCGGGAAGUUCCCCAGGUGGUUCCUACACAUUCCCAAAAUUCCCCCUUUUCCCAAUAAAAAGC